AUGGCCGACUCCUUUGGGCUGACCGUCUCCUUCCUACGGGACGAGCCGCUCAACUCGACUGUCGUAGACGCCAUGUCCGGCGAGACCCUCUACGAGAUAUCAACCACCCGCAGAAGGCUGCAGCACGACACGACGACCAUCCGCGAUGCCCGCAGCCCCGGGGAGGUCGCCGCGACGUGGGAGCAUAAAGCGCUCGGGCACGAUACGAUCACGAUCAGAGGGAAGGCGAACAAGGUGUCAAAUUGGGUGUCGGCCAAGGGCGUGUUCUCGAAGACAUGGACGGUUGCAUCGCCCCAAGACCCCGGGAUGUACCACUGGAGGAUGAAAGACGGUUCUUCGGAACUUGAGCUGAUCCACAACGAAACCAACACGGUUGUUGCCGAAUCGCAUCAUGGCUAUGAGAGCAAGGGAACGCUCAUGAGGAUCGACGUCAGCGCAGACGUCGCGCACAUGCUCGACAGCAUUUUGCUCUCGUUCGUCAUCCUCGAGGAGAGGCGAAGAAGGGAGGGAAAAAGUCCCGUCGCGGACGCGAUUGCAGGCGCAGGUGGCUAUACCCGCUGGGCGAACUCGGGCGGGCGGGCGGGCAACGUCUUCGCGGAUUGGGAGCAGAAGUCAUUCCGGCGCGACCAGGUCACAUUCCACGGGGUGAGAUGCAAGCUGUCCAAGUGGCUACGGAAAAGGAACAUACUCUCGAGCACACGCGUAUUGGUGGCACCAGACGGCGAAGAGUUCCACUGGAAGGAGAAGCCAAUAACCUUCGAGCUCGUCAGCAUGCGAACGCGGACACCCAUCGCUCGGUCGCACAACGCGCAUUCGGCCGUGGGACAGCUGCUCAGCUUGAGCGUUGCACCUAGCGCGGUUCCGAUGCUCGACGUUAUCCUGUUGUCGUUCGUCAUCCUAGAACAGCGGCGCCGGGAGGAGCUGGGCGGGGCGAGUGCUACCGGGGGUGCCGCGUAUACUGCCUCCGGGACGUCUGCAGCGAACGUUUCGUCUCCCUGA